CCAAUGGGCGCGACCCCAAAAUUCAUUUCCCCGCCAAAUCCAAUACUACACUAAAAUACCACCACUCAAAACCCUCUUUUUCAAACCAAUUUCUUUCCAUCUAUACCAAAACGCUUCUCAAUCCCAUUUCUACAGAUCUAGAAUCUGCGUUUUGCAUACAAGGAAAAUUCACCAACUCAUGGGUUCCGCUUCUCUUUUGAAUCCCUCCGAUUCAUCUCAACCGGGUGGUAAGGACAGCACGAGUAAAGAGGAGCCUGUUGUUUCAAACACCGAAGAGGAAGUUAUGGCCGGUGGUAAGCAAAAGAAGCGAAAUUUGUCAGAGAGUAGUGAGCAGCCUGCUCCUACUAGAAAAAUGCCAAAACGAUCUGCGAGUGCAGCCAGUAAAAAUUUGAAGGAGAAGUCUUUUUCCAUAUCUGAUAAGUCUUGUCUUGUUGAAACAAAGAAGGAUCAGGUUGCAGAAGAAGAACUUCUAGCUGUCCGUAUGACUGCUGGACCAGAGGAAGGCCGUGCAAAUAGAAGACUUACAGACUUUAUCCUUCAUGAUGAAAGUGGUGCAGCACAGGCACUUGAGAUGCUUGAAAUUAAGGAUUUAUUCAUCACUGGACUUAUAUUGCCACUAGAAGGAAAUGCUGACAAGAAAAAAGAGCAAGGUGUUAGAUGUCAAGGUUUUGGUCGAAUUGAAUCAUGGGAUAUAUCUGGAUAUGAAGAUGGCUCUCCAGUAAUAUGGAUUUCUACUGAAAUUGCUGACUAUGAUUGCCAGAAACCAGCUGGUACCUACAAAAAAUACUAUGAUCUUUUCUUUGAAAAAGCUCGUGCUUGCUUGGAAGUAUACAAAAAGCUUGCAAAGUCUUCUGGGGGAGAUCCUGACAUAAGUCUUGAUGAGUUACUUGCUGGAAUGGCACGGUCAAUGAGUGGUAGUAAGCACUUUUCUGGAACUGCGGCAAUAAAAGAGUUCAUCAUUUCUCAGGGCGAUUUUAUUUAUAAGCAGCUCAUUGGUUUAGACAUGAUGUUGAAGGCAAAUGACAAGGGGUUUGAAGAUAUUCCUGCUUUGAUUGCUCUUAGAGAUGAGAGCAAGAAACAAGCACACUUUGCAAACACACAAGUGAGGCCAUCGAAUGCAACUUUAAGGAUUGGUUCGGGAGUUGCUGAUGAAGAGAAAAAUAAUCAGAUGGAUUCUGUAGUAGAUGCAGAGGACGAGGAUGCAAAGUUAGCUCGACUAUUGCAGGAUGAAGAGAAUUGGAAAUCUAAUAGGCAGAGGAAAAACCCUCGAUCAUCAUCUUCAUCUAACAAAUUCUAUAUCAAAAUUAAUGAAGACGAGAUUGCAAAUGAUUAUCCUCUCCCUGCUUAUUAUAAAACUUCUCUUCAAGAAACAGAUGAAUUUAUAGUUUUUGAUAAUGACUCUGACAUAUAUGACACUGAAGAUCUUCCUAGAAGCAUGUUGCAUAAUUGGGCUUUAUACAACUCUGAUUCUAGAUUGAUUUCGUUGGAACUUCUUCCAAUGAAACCUUGUUCAGAGAUGGAUGUUACAAUAUUUGGAUCAGGUAUAAUGACUUCAGAUGAUGGAAGUGGGUUCAAUCUUGAUACAGAGGCUGGCCAAUCCUCCAUUGCUUCUGGAGCGCAGGACACUGAUGGUAUUCCAAUUUAUCUGAGUGCAAUAAAAGAGUGGAUGAUUGAAUUUGGAUCGUCUAUGGUUUUCAUAUCCAUCCGGACAGAUUUGGCCUGGUAUAGACUUGGCAAACCAUCAAAGCAGUACACUCCUUGGUAUGACACAGUAUUGAAAACUGCAAGAAUUGGUAUAAGCAUUAUCACGUUGUUGAAGGAGCAGAGCCGUGUAUCACGGCUUUCAUUUCCAGAUGUUAUCAAAAAAGUAUCUGAAUAUACUCAGGACAAUAAGUCAUAUAUUUCUUCUGAUCCAUUGGCUGUAGAAAGAUAUAUUGUUGUCCAUGGACAGAUAAUUCUGCAACUGUUUGCAGAAUUUCCAGAUGACAAGAUCAGGAAGUCUCCUUUUGUGACCGGUCUUAUGAACAAAAUGGAAGAACGGCACCAUACCAAAUGGUUAGUGAAGAAGAAGAAGCUGUUGCCAAAGAGUGAGCCAAAUUUAAAUCCUAGGGCAUCAAUGGCUCCUGUUGUAUCCAAAAGGAAAGCUAUGCAAGCUACAACAACAAAGCUAAUCAAUAGAAUAUGGGGAGAGUAUUACUCAAACCACUUACCUGAGGAAUCAAAAGAAGGAACUGCUAGCGAAGAAAAGGAUGAUGAUGAAGCGGAGGAACAGGAAGAGAAUGAAGAUGAGGAUGCUGAGGAAGAGACAAUACUGUUGGAGGAAACACUAAAGCCACAUUUAGUUUCCAAACAAAUUAAAGCAAUUUCUGAUGACGGAGAGAUUACAUGGGAAGGGGGUCCUGAAAGGAAGACCCGUUCUGGAUUGCCUCUUUAUAAGCAGGCAAUUAUUCACGGGGAAGUUGUUUCUGUGGGAAUAUCUGUGUCGGUCGAAGUUGAUGAAUCAGAUGAGCUUCCUGAUAUAUAUUACAUUGAAUAUAUGUUUGAAUCAAAGGACGGGAGAAAGAUGUUUCAUGGUAGGGUGUUGCAACAUGGUUGUCACACUGUUCUUGGCAAUGCUGCGAGUGAGAGGGAGGUGUUUUUGACUAAUGAAUGCAGGGAUUUGGGACUGCAAGAUAUUAAGCAGAUAAAUGUUGCAAGAAUCCGAAGAACACCUUGGGGGCAUCAACAUCGAAAGGAUAGUAAUGCCGCGGGUAAAAUUGAUAGAGAAAGAGCCGAAGAAAGGAAGAAGAAAGGACUGCCUACUGAAUAUUACUGUAAAAGCUUGUACUGGCCUGAGAGGGGUGCUUUCUUCAGUCUUCCGUUUGAUUCGCUGGGUUUAGGGUCUGGCGUCUGCCACUCUUGCAAUAUACAAGAAGCUGACAAGGCGAAGGAAAUUUUCAAAGUAAAUUCGUCUAAGUCUAGUUUUGUAUUGGAGGGAAUAGAAUAUUCUCUCAAUGACUAUGUUUAUGUAAGUCCUUUUGAAUUUGAGGAAAAGAUAGAGCAGGGAACUCAUAAGAGUGGGAGGAAUGUAGGGCUGAAAGCUUAUGUUGUAUGCCAAGUGCUCGAGAUCAUUGCCAAAAAGGAAACAAAACAAGCUGAAAUAAAAUCUACAGAACUCAAAGUCAGAAGAUUCUUUCGACCGGAAGAUGUAUCAAGUGAGAAAGCAUACUGCUCUGAUGUUCAAGAGGUGUAUUUCAGCGAUGAAACAUAUAUGAUAUCUGUUCAAUCCGUAGAAGGUAAAUGUGAAGUCAGGAAAAAGAUUGAUAUCCCUGAAGGAAGUGCCCCUGGAGCCUUUCACAAUGUCUUUUUCUGUGAACUCCUGUAUGAUCCUGCCACAGGAUCACUCAAGAAGUUGCCAUCUCAUAUCAAAGUAAAAUAUUCUAGUGGACCGACAGCUGAUGAUGCAGCUAGAAAGAAAAAGGGAAAAUGUAAAGAGGGAGAUAGCCUUCCAGUGCCUGAUCUAAAAAGUAAAACAUCAAAUGAAAACCGUUUAGCAACCCUGGACAUUUUUGCAGGAUGCGGUGGCUUAUCAGAGGGGUUGCAUCAGUCUGGUGCUUCAUCAACUAAAUGGGCUAUUGAGUAUGAAGAACCAGCUGGCAAUGCAUUCAAAGCUAAUCAUCCUGAAGCCUUGGUGUUUAUUAACAACUGUAAUGUAAUUCUUAGGGCUAUAAUGGAGAAAUGUGGUGAUAUAAAUGAAUGUAUCUCAACAGCCGAGGCUGCAGAAUUGGCCUCUAAGCUUGAUGAUAAGGAUUUGAAUAGUUUACCGUUACCUGGGCAAGUUGAUUUCAUUAAUGGGGGGCCUCCAUGCCAGGGUUUCUCUGGGAUGAAUAGAUUUAACACAAGCACUUGGAGUAAAGUCCAGUGUGAAAUGAUAUUAGCCUUCUUAUCCUUUGCUGAUUACUUCCGGCCAAGGUAUUUCCUGUUGGAGAAUGUGAGGAACUUUGUGUCUUUUAAUAAAGGACAGACUUUCCGUUUAACUUUGGCUUCACUACUCGAGAUGGGUUAUCAGGUGAGGUUUGGUAUCCUUGAGGCCGGAGCUUUUGGUGUUUCUCAGUCAAGAAAAAGGGCAUUUAUAUGGGCUGCCUCUCCAGAAGAUGUGCUUCCUGAGUGGCCAGAACCAAUGCAUGUCUUCUCUGCCCCCGAGUUGAAAAUCCGAUUGUCAGAAAAUGUCCAUUAUGCUGCCGUCCACAGUACUGCAGAUGGUGCCCCGUUACGUGCAAUAACUGUUCGGGAUACCAUUGGUGAACUCCCAGCUGUUGGCAAUGGAGCCUCUAGGACAAACAUGGAGUAUCAAAGCGAUCCUAUCUCGUGGUUUCAAAAGAAGAUUCGAGGCAAUAUGGCUGUCUUGACUGAUCAUAUAUCAAAGGAAAUGAAUGAGUUGAACUUGAUUCGUUGUCAGAAAAUCCCAAAGAGACCUGGUUGUGAUUGGCGUGAUCUUCCUGAAGAAAAGAUAAAACUUUCAAGUGGUCAACUUGUUGAUUUGAUACCAUGGUGCUUGCCAAACACAGCUAAAAGGCAUAAUCAAUGGAAAGGACUGUUUGGUAGGUUGGAUUGGCAAGGAAAUUUCCCAACUUCCAUCACCGACCCUCAACCAAUGGGGAAGGUUGGAAUGUGCUUCCAUCCUGAUCAAGAUAGAAUUCUUACUGUUCGUGAAUGUGCCCGAUCUCAAGGCUUUCCAGACCACUAUCAAUUUUCUGGUAACAUCAUACACAAGCACAGGCAGAUUGGUAACGCCGUUCCUCCUCCACUGGCAUUUGCAUUAGGAAGGAAGCUCAAGGAAGCAUUGGAUAGUAAGAGCUCCAAUUAGAGAAUAUGCAUCCUUCAAAAGCAUGUUUUUAUCAUAUUAAACUUUUGAAUAACAAUCAGUGGUCACCAAGACACUGCAAAGUUUUAUCUUUCAGUAAUCCGGAAACAACCAACCUUUGUAUAGAGUUGUUUUCUAGGCCAUUUUUCUUAGCUUAAUCAAUUCUUUGUUUAAAAAAAGGAUUGAUCGAAUGGAUAAUGCUAUUCAACUCAUUUUUUCUAUCAACUUGGGUUUUCUUAA